UAAUGAAAGUUGUGUUAGAAUUAAAAGAAAUGAAUGGACAGGUAGGAGAUGUCAUACAAUCGGUGUCCUUGUCAUGGCUUAACAUACAUGUGAUGACAAAACCACAGAAGUCUAUAUAUAAUCUGUACAAAACUAACCAAGCUCCCAAAGAAGUCUUAAGAAACGUAUCCGGUGAAGCAAAGGCGGGACAAUUAUUGGUUAUAAUGGGUGCAAGUGGCGCCGGUAAGACCACUCUAUUGAAUGUAUUGACCGCAAGGGAUAUGUCAAAAGUGUCGGUGAAAGGGGUGAUCCUACUAAAUGGACAGGUAGUGAAAGCGUCAAAAAUUGCAUCCAUUUCCUCGUAUAUACAGCAACAAGAUAUGUUUCAGCCAUUGAUUACAGUCCGGGAGCAUUUAAUAUUUCAGUCAUUGUUACGAAUGGAUCCGAAAAUGAGUAAAAACGAGAGAAUCGAUUGUGUCGAGCAAGUCAUGAAAAAGUUCAAUCUCACGAAAUGUAUGAACACUAGAAUUGGGGGUAAAUUUACUUUUAAAGGCAUAUCCGGUGGAGAAAAGAAAAGACUGGCCUUUGCUUCAGAGGUGUUAACCAAUCCGUCGCCGACCAGUGGUUUGGACUCAUUUAUGGCCCAAAAUUUGAUUGAAUGCCUGAAGACUAUGGCAUCGGAGGGCCGGACCAUCAUCUGUACUAUACAUCAGCCCUCGUCUCAAGUGUUUGCACUCUUUGAUAAUAUAUUAUUUAUGGCUGAUGGAAGGGUAGCUUUUAUGGGCACAACUCGUAUGUAA